GACUUAGGAUAAAAUUAGCACGUGGAAGGUAGCUGUUGAUGCGCGUCACAAAUCGCCAGAUCCAAUCCAUUUAUUUACUCCUCUAUCUAGUAUCUACUUUAUUCACCCUUUCCCAUCUUUACCUCCGCACAUUGUUUUCCAUCUCCAAUGGAGCUGCGCUUGAGAAUACUUCUCUCUUUCAUCGCCGUGGCUUUCAGCGUAGAGCCAUCGAAGGUCUCAGCAACAUGUGAGUUUCCGGCAGUAUUUAAUUUCGGAGAUUCAAACUCUGAUACAGGCGGUUUGUCGGCCGCAUUUGGCCAGGCCGGGCCUCCCGCCGGUGAGACCUACUUCCACGCUCCUGCCGGACGCUACUCCGACGGCCGUCUCAUCAUCGAUUUUAUAGCGGAGAGUGUGGGGCUGCCAUACUUAAGCGCCUUCCUUGAUGCGCUGGGGUCCAACUUCACCCACGGGGCCAACUUCGCUACGGCAGGUUCCACCAUUAGACCCCCCAACGCCACUCUUUCUCAAAGUGGCUUCAGUCCCAUUUCCUUGAACGUUCAGUGGUACGAGUUCCACGAUUUUCACCGUAGGUCCCAAAUCAUUCGUAACCGAGGAGGAGUUUUCAGUCAGCUGAUGCCCAAGGAAGAAUCCUUUUCCCGUGCUUUGUACACCUUUGACAUUGGUCAGAACGAUCUCACUUACGGUUACUUCAGUAACAUGUCCACCGAUCAAGUCAGAGCCUACGUCCCUGACGUUCUGGAUCAGUUCAGGACUGUCAUUAAGGAUAUUUACGACCAAGGAGGUAGGUCAUUCUGGAUCCACAACACAGGUCCGGUUGGGUGCCUACCUUAUGUUAUGGACCGGGUCCCAAUCACAGCCGGACAAGUGGACAAAUACGGUUGUGCGGAUCCCUUCAAUGAGGUGGCUAAAUACUUCAACCUUAAGUUAAAGGAAAUGGUACAGAAACUGAGGCAAGAGCUUCCGGAGGCUGCAAUCACCUACGUUGAUGUAUAUAGCGUGAAGUACACCCUCAUUACCAAAGCAAAGAAAUUUGGAUUUGUACAACCGUUGAGAGCGUGUUGCGGGCACGGAGGGAAGUACAACUACAACAUCCAUGUGGGAUGUGGAGGGAAGGUGAAGGUGGACGGGAAAGAGGUUGUGGUGGGAUCGUGCAAAGAUCCAUCGGUUAAGAUUAACUGGGAUGGGGUCCACUUCACUGAGGCAGCAAAUAAAUGGAUCUUUGAUAAGAUCGUGGGGGGUGAAUUUUCGGACCCACCAAUCCCAUUGAAUAUGGCCUGCCAAAGGCACCCUGCCCAAUGACUACCUUCGGUUUCUACUGUCUAAAUUAAUGGAAUGUUAACCUUCUCUUCUCCCAUUAAUGUUUGAGGAGGUGCUUUCCAUGUGGUAUUUCAGUUAUCGUGUUGGUAAAUUAUUGUUUUUUUUUUUAAAUUCAA